AGUGUAACCGUCGGCUGUCUUCUGGUCUCAACUGUUCUCCAAAUGUCAACUAUCAAGGAACAACUUAUUCAGACUCUAGUUACGGAAGAAAAAGAUGCCCAGCGUAAAAUCACUAUCGUUGGGAUUGGUGCUGUAGGCAUGGCUUGCGCUAUUAGUAUCUUAAUAAAGGAUUUGGCUGAUGAACUUGCCCUUGUUGAUGUUGCAACCGAUAAACUGAAGGGAGAAAUGAUGGAUCUUCAGCACGGCAGCCUUUUCUUCAAUACUUCAAAGAUUUCCUCUGGAAAAGAUUAUAGAGUGUCUGCAAAUUCCAAAAUAGUUAUUAUCACAGCAGGUGUAAGGCAGCAGGAGGGAGAGAGUCGCCUUGCCCUGGUCCAACGUAAUGUGGAUAUCAUGAAAACAAUCAUUCCUACCAUAGUUCGUUAUAGUCCUGACUGUAAAAUGCUUGUUGUUUCAAAUCCAGUGGACCUUUUGACAUACGUAGUGUGGAAGUUAAGUGGUUUACCUGCGACUAGUGUAAUUGGAACUGGUUGUAAUCUAGAUUCUGCCCGUUUCCGUUACCUAAUUGGAGAAAAGUUGGGUGUUCAUCCUACAAGCUGCCAUGGUUGGAUUGUUGGAGAACAUGGUGAUUCUAGUGUGCCCAUAUGGAGUGGGGUGAAUGUUGCUGGUGUUUCUCUGAAGACUCUGGAUCCUAAAUUAGGAACUGAUUCAGAUAAGGAACAGUGGAAAAAUAUCCAUAAACAAGUUGUUUCAAGUGCCUAUGAGAUUAUCAAACUGAAGGGGUAUACCUCUUGGGCUAUUGGACUGUCUGUCAUGGAUCUGACAGGAUCAAUUUUGAAAAAUCUUAGGAAAGUGCAUCCAGUGUCCACUAUGGUUAAGGGCUUAUACGGAAUAAAAGAAGAAAUCUUUCUCAGUAUUCCUUGUGUCUUGGGUCAGAAUGGUGUCUCAGAUGUUGUGAAAGUUAACAUGAAUUCCGAGGAGGAGGCCCUUUUCAGGAAGAGUGCAAAUAUACUUUGGGAUAUCCAGAAGGAUCUAGUAAUUUAAGCCUUUUAAUGUUUCAUCGUUUUACAGAACAGAAGAUAGGAGACUGUGUAUUUUACAUUAUGAAAGUAUUUUUAUCUGAUCUGUAAAAAAUAAAAAAAUUUGAGACCUUUGA